UACCGGCAGGGGGCGCACCCCGGCGAGGAGGCUACGUUUCCAUGGAGGAGGGGGCGGAGGCCGAGGCCCGGGAGGGGGCCGCCGUAGCCCAGGACCUGCAGGCCCUGGGGUAUGAGGACUUCCUGGGGGCGGCGGCGCGGAGCCCCUUGUGCCCAGACUUCAGGGCGCUGUGCGCGCGGCUGGCGGCGGAGCUGGCGGCUCUGGGCGCCUUGGAGCGGGAGCGAGAGGAGGGCGCGGAGGCACUGAGUGCCGGCGACGGCCCCGGCGCGGAGGAGGAAUUCCUGCGACAGCUGCCCCGCCUGCUGGAGGAGCUGCACUGCCCGGACCGCGCGCUCUGCGGCGGAGACUGCGCGGCCGCGCUGCGGGAGCCGGGCGCGGGCCUGCGCCUUCUGCGUGAGCCCGGGCGGGCCGGGGCGCGGAAGCUUUCUCUGCACAGAACUCCAGGCUGCCCGCCUCCUCCGCCUGCACCACCGGCUGGAUCCCCCCCCAGCGGUGCCCGCAUCCCAUGGGGAAGGGGCAGAGGAGGGAGAUGGCAUGGUUCGGGAACUGAUCCUUACCCUCCAAGCCCUGGGGCUGCUCAGACCUACGCUGGGGACCCUCGCCAGCAGGCUGCUGUGGGAGUUGCAUGCCAAGGUCUCAGAGCUGCUGCCUUCCCUGCCCCCAGGAUCCCUGCAGCCCCUUCUAAGCUACCCACUAGAUGCACCCAGAUGGCACUGGAGUCCCUGUGCCAACGCCUGAGAGAUCAGUACUGCUGCCGCCGUUGCCUCCUCCUCAAGCGCCUGGACCUCACAAUAUCUGCGUUCCACUGGAGUGAUCGGGCAGAGGCCCAAGGGGAGGCCAUGAAGGCAGUGCUGAUCCCAAUUCGAGAGAUGCUGACCCCAGAAUCGGAUGUCUCCAUUGCACACAUCCUGGCUGCCCGAGCUGAUCUGUCUCGUCUUGUCCCAGCCACGAGCAAGGCUGCCCGCCGAGGGACCAGCUGUGCCAUCAACAAGGUGCUCAUGGGCAACGUGCCAGACCGAGGGGGACGUCCCAAUGAGUUGGAGGCUCCGAUGCCCAGCUGGCAGAGCAGAAGAGAUAAUGGAGGCGGGAGGAAGGCCGGCCGCCACUGCUGGGGCGGUAAGAAGAAAAAGAAAUAAAGGGGGACUGGGUCCUCUGUGAGAUGCUGAUACCAUUGAUAAUCUCUGGGGAGUCAAUUUGAGGGUGUUUCUUGGCACCUGGCACCCAGACGCCACAUCUCCUAUUCCUGAGGCCUUAAUUUUCUCCCCCCCCCCCCCAUCCACCAUUUAACAUCAAGGACCAUGUUCUCUGGAAAAUAAAUUUAAUUUAUGACA